CUUCUCGGCGCCCUCUACUCGAGUCAAUCGUCAGGCACGCCCAUCGACUGGCCAGCCUACAUGGUCGCGUUGAGCUUCAUCUGGGUGACGCACCUGCAAACACAUUACAACAACGAGUAUUUUGAUCUGCAAGCCGAUCUCGCCAACGACACGCCAACUAAGUGGACAGGAGGAUCCAGGGUCCUCGUCGAUGGAUUACUUCCUACCUGGUCGGCCCUUGCCGCGUCCGUCACGUUGACCGUCUUCGGCAUCUUGUCAGUGUGGGGAGCCAAAUGGGACUCCCAACCCGUCGUGUACAUUGCCAUCGCCAUUAUGACCCUAGCGUGGAGCUACACCUCCCCGCCUGUGAGGUUGCACUACCAUUCAUUAGGAGAGCUGACCGUCGCAACGGUGUUGACUGUCUUGACGCCAUUGUUCGGAUUCGCGACGCAGCCUGGUACUGGAAAGACUUGGGAAACUUUCACCAUGCCUUCCUCCUUGCCCUAUCUCCUCGCCAUCCUCGCCAUCCAGCAAUGGGCUCGCAUGGUCGUCAUGAACAUCCCGGACGUCGAAGGCGACCUCCGCGUAAGCAAGAUCACCUUCGCCGCGCGCAUCGGUGUCCGCAACGCCGCCAACAUCUACUACGCCGUGCAAGUCCUCACGCCCUUCCUUGCUCUCAUCUUCCUGCCAUGGCCACUGUCAUGCGCGUUCCUGUCGCUAUCGCUGUACGGCCUCAAGGCCGCGAAGAAAGUUAAGCUAGCUUGCAACAGCGGGUCCUGGAACCAUAUCGACGAGACGGUCAGCAUUCCAUUUGAAGCGACGGGCCAUUGUGCGGGCACGGCCUUGGCGUGCACCACUGCUAUGAUCUUACUGUCAUUGGCCGGCAGUAAGGCUGGUUUGUGAAAACAUCACUACUACUAGAAACGUUCGGCCAGGACUUUUGCAGGGAAGUCCCUCCCCUUGCCCUCGCCGGCCGAUAGAUACACCAUUUUAGCACCCACUUACCGGAAACCCGCCGUCAUCCGCGUUUCCUCAAUCUCUUCAUGUAAUAUUCCUUUUUAAUGUGCUCAUAAUCUACCCGUGAACGUAACUUGAGAAGUGAGUCUUCGAAGUGUGCUGGCUUAUCCGUAGUACGCUGUCAUU